CAGCGACAGUUGAUAGUGUUUUGUUUGACGGCGUAUGUUUACUAAUAUUAGAAAGUGAUGCGUGAAGUUUUCUCAUGCACUUAAUUGUAAAAGAAGAAGACGAGAACAAUGAAACGCGUUGUACAGGGUCAGGAUAAAAGUGCAAAGAUUAUUAAAGAAGAUCGGGAGGACAGUGAUGGAGAAGAGAUGGAACACGAGUCCGGAGAGACGGACAAGUCUAGCUCCACCAGCGAGACGAGUGAUGCGGCCACUGACACGGAUGACAGUUCAGAAAUGGAUGAAGAAGAGUGUGAAAGAAGACGAACUGAAUGCAUGGAAAACUUAGUAGAUCUUGAGAGGCAGUUUAGUCUCCUUCGUGAACAGCUGUACCGCGAGCGCGUCACGCAGGUGGACACCAAGCUGUCGGAGGUGCGCAGCGGACGCGCCCAGGAGUACCUGCAGCCGCUGGAACAGCUGCAGCAGAACAUGCGUGUGCGCACCGAGGUGGCGGGCAUCCUGCGUGAGCUGCGCCUCGCCAACAUCCAGAACAAGUUCGACGCCGAGGAGCUCGCCGCUCAGCAGAACCUCGAGAGUGAGAAGUCACUCCUCUGGGACUCGAUCCAGAGUGACCUGGAGGAAAAAAUCCGUCGCCUAGAGGAAGACCGGAACAAUGUCGACAUCACUGCCGACUUGUGGCUCGUGGAGCAGUCGGCAUCAGCUGGUGGACUUACUGGCAGCGGUCGCAGUGGGUCGGGCAGCCGCCGGCACGGUUCGAGCGCCGGUGCCGACUGCGUGGGGGCUGGCGGGUGCGGCAACGGUGCGGGAGGUAGUGGCGGCAGUGGCUCAGGGUCGAGGCGGAAACCUGUGUCCGUGUCGGGUCCGUACGUCGUGUACAUGCUGCGAGACACGGACAUCCUGGAAGACUGGACGGCAAUCAAGAAGGCCCUCUCCGUGUCCAAAAGAAAGUCUGAAUUAUACAUCUGACAAAAGUGACGCACGUCACUGUGUGUGGGUGUGCCUUACGCUGCCAGCUGCACCUAUAUUCUCGGCGGUCUGCGCCGGCCGAGUGCUUUGCUCGUUUCUGGCCUCUUGCAAGUUACUGGAGGCUUUACUGACACUGUGCUCGUGCUGGCUGCUCAUACACUGAGGAAGUGUCCUCGGAGAAAUGCGAGAGUACAGUGUGGUUGCAGUUUCUUAAAAUGACAGUGUUCCGGUGCAGCUUUGCAUUCUGUGCUCUGCUCAGUCUUCUUCGCUGUUCUGUCACUCGUCCUCCCAGUGCCUGUGUGCAGAACAGUAUGACAGUUUCUGUACUUUUACAUUUGUUACUUGUGACUUGCUGGAAAUGAAAUCCAGUGCUGGGAUAAAAGUACUAUUCUUCCAAUGAGGCUGUUAAGAAUGCAGGCCUGCCGGAAACACAAUCACAGUGGCUGUUGCUAGAAUUUUGUCAAAACAGAGACUAAUGCGAUAGUACGAAGAAUGCAGUUAAUGAAAAUAAUAACAAUUGUAUUGCCCCAUCACUGGAAUAUUCACACUCCCCCCACUCUUGACGAGGAAUAUUAAAUAAAACAUUAUACUUCUUGUUGUAA